CUAUUGGACCCCGUGUGCUGCACACUGCAUUGAUUUAAUGCUCGAGGAGAUUGACCAGAGGGAUUCUGUCAGGAAAACCAUCCAGGAUGCAAGGAAAGUGAUAAACUUUAUAUACAAUCACUCAUGGUUGUUGGCUGCAAUGCGUGAGUAUUGUGGAGGGGACAUCGUUAGACCAGGCGCGACACGAUUUGCCGCGAACUUCAUUGCACUUGACAGCUUAUACAGGCACCGCCUGGGUCUCAAAAAUUUGUUCAGAUCCGAGAGAUACAUGGAGUGGAAUCAGAAGAAGACUGAGGGUGCAAAGACAUGUUUAAAUAUAGUGCUUUUCGAUGCCUUCUGGGAUAAAGUUCACAACGUUGUUUCCUUCCUGCAUCCGAUGUACAAGGUCCUACGAGCCGUAGAUAAUGAGAUGUGGCCUUCGAUGGGGUCAAUGUAUGAGCUUAUGAGAAUUAUGAGACAGGGGAUAAUGACUGCAAUCCCCACUUCGUAUCAGUGGGUGAUCGAUAUCAUCGAUCGUCGAUGGACUGAGACUCUUGAGCAUCCACUCCACCAAGCUGCAUACUACCUGAAUCCCAAAUUUCAUUAUAAACGUCGGCUCCAUGAGAAUAAAGAUUUGACGAUGGCGUCCACGAGGCGUUUGAACGAUUAUUCCCAGAAUCAACAGCGCAAGCAGAUUUCGAUAACCAGGUAAUGCAAUAAAAUUUCUUCCUUAUAGCCUCUAGAAAUAUGGGUGAUUAAAAAUAAUAACAUGUGAAUCCGUGUUUACAGUUGCUGCGGUUUAGGGAUGCAAGGGGUACGUUCUCAUCCGCACUAGCAAAAGCAUCGACUGAAACGAUGAUGCCAUGUGAGUAUG